AUUUCACUACAUAUAAAGGAUCUAAGAAUUGAUAUGAGAGUUAUAGUAAAAUAAUUUAAAAGAAAAAAAGACGAUCUCGCGUUUGUCGUCAGAGGUGCAAAACAGGAAACAGCUGAUCGAUUAAAUUUAGGCUGCUAGAAAAAAUCGUGGAUCGGGUCGGUGAUCCCAUAGAAAAAUCAAUCGUGGAAGGGGGCGGAAAUUUUAGAUCGGUCGUCUGGUUCGGGGUUGGAUAGGGUCUCGGGGUCGGGGUCGCGGUCGGGGUCGAAAUAAUCGGACAAUUCGUAUUCUGCGAAGUGCGCCAAGUGCAGUGCGCGGUGUAUCGUGGAUCUGUCACUCUUCGUACUUCGUCCGUCGGCUAGACGGGAAGAAUUAGAAAUCUGAAUUGAUAAAAGAUGGCUACGAAUACGAACGUAGUCAGCACCGUCGACGACCAAUAUUUCUACGAGGAUGUCGUCUACAGGGUCGACAAGAAGGGCAAUGUCGAGUUUGGCAUCAUCAUGGAAAACGACGACCAGGAUUUCUCUGACGACAGUUCCGCCAGCGAGGAGAGCCCUAAGAAAAAAAAGGGCGAAAUCCGCGUGGUCUGGCAUCCCUCCGGCGUCGAGGAACUCGUCAAUUCUAAAAAGGUUCACCUCGCAGACAGAACUUUGAUGCCAGGAGAUGUUGUUCGCCGAAUGAUUAAAGGAAAGGACACACAAAGGGGUUAUUGUAGAGAUAUUGAACUGACGGCAUGCGUUCAAGUCAUUGGUACCAAACAAGUCCUUACAAAUAUCAAAAGCGAGGAUCUGGUUCCCUUGGAGGAAUUUUCAACAGAUAUAGCAGUUUGUAUGGAUUCAUGGGUAGGAGGCAUCAGGAUCGUUCAUUCCAAAUUGUGGUUAGCCACUUCUGAUGGGUCGCGAUGUGUCAUUAAUGAAAUGGAUGCUCGUGGCUUGGAGAAUUUUGAAGAAAAGAGAGACAACGAAAAUGACUUUCCUCACUCCUCUGAAUUCUAUCCUGGACAAAGUUUAUGGGGCCCUGUCCACUGUCUUGAGGAUGCGCAAUGGAUUCAGUGUACCAAGGAAAUGAAAGCAAAGCGCAAAUCAAAGCCGCAGAAAAUGACGAAAGUGAUCGUCGAAAAGGUGGAAACCGACUGGGUCGGAGUUCAUUGGCAGUGCCGAGCCUACUCGAAAGACGGAGCUUGGUCGGAUCAAGCUCAACCGAAAUUUGUAGUCGAGGGAGAGGACCUCAAGAAACUCAAGUUAUUAAACGUUUUCGAACCCUCGACCUUACAAGUAGGCGAUCGUAACUUUUAUGUGAUCACAGGCAACGAGAAUGUUAUUACUCGCGAACAGUGGAGGAAGCAGCAGAAGGAGUUUUAUCAAGUUCCUAAGCACAGUCCAAGAAAAAUGCGUCCUAGUGCUGCAAAAUGUUUAGAUGGUAAGAAAAAAGAUAAAGACAAAGAGAGGGACAAGGAGAAAGAGAAAAACGAAAAUCAAGCUAAUGCUCAAAAUCAGCGUCACGACGCAAAUGCUCAAAAUAAUGUGAAUUUGGUACCUAAUGUGCCGACCAAUAACACUUUAAUGCCUCCACCGCAAAAUCAGAAUGCAGAGAGUUCCGAUGAUUGGGAUACGGAAGAUACUGGCUCGCAAAGUGACACAGCUUCGAUAUCUAGUGGAUGCUCAAGUAUGUCAUCAAUGGGAAGGAAGAAGAAAGGGCCUGCUCUAAUGACAAAAGUACUCAAGAAGAAGAAGCUUUGCAAAGCCAAGCCCAAAGUCCCACCAGCACCUUUGAUACCUGGUACUAAAAUCGUUGUAGAAACUUUGUCAACUAAUACAAAGGCAAAUGUCGUUUGGCAAGACGGUUCGGUGGAACUUGGUAUUCCAUCAACGCAAUUGUAUCCGAUUCAUCAUCUGGAUGACAAGGAAUUCUUCCCUGGAGAUUUUGUCGUUGAUCAGAAGGAAGAAUCAACCAUGUAUGGUGUGGUACAAAGUGUAGAUCAUCAAGGGCGAACGGCGAAAAUCAAAUGGUUCAGGACUUACACUUCAAGUCAAAGUCCCCAGCCAACCUUCUUAGAAGAACGAGAAGUGAGUGUCUACGAUCUGAAAGAUCAUCCCGACUUCCAGUACAGGCCCGGAACUCGAGUGAUUCGGAUAGCAAAUUUCGUGGGAGAAGAUGCGAGUUGCACAGCGGGUCAAGUGUUGGAUAAUUACCCAGAGGGAAGAGUAAAGGUCUGGUGGAUAGACGGUCACGUCAGUAUGUGUUGGCCCCAGGACCUCUACAAAGUCGGAGAAUAUGACAGCGACGAAGGCGAAUGGGACGACGUAUCAUCCGAUGCCUCCUGGGAAACAGAACUGGAAGAUUGCUUCAUCGCCGAUACGGACGGGACCGAGCAAACAGAGAACAUAAAACCAAAGCUAGCAGCUCACAUAGAAAAGGCACGGAAAGCAAUGUCUCGACUCGAAGAAAUAUUUACCCAAAAUCCGUCUCUCCAAACGACAGAAGUCAUGAGGAAAUUGCUCGAGGUCUAUAAAGAUUGUCGAUACAUGGACAAGCUGAUGGGGACUUCUUUCUUUCAUGAAAGCCAUUUUCAAGGUCUCCUCGAAAGGGUUAGGGAACGAGGAAGAGCGAAUGUCGCACAGAGGAUGGCGGAUCAGGUGACAAGAUUGUUUAGCCAUGAGUCUGGUGGUUCAGAAGAAACCGACAAUCAGAGUGCGAUGAACCUUGUCGAGAGUACGCAAGAUAAUUCUGAGAAUACCAUCGAAAUGAACAGUGAUUCAGUUUCAGCCGCCGUCGCAAAGGACGAUGAGAAGAAGAGCUGCAAGGAAAAGGAGGAAAUCGACCGACUCUUUAUAAACAUCAAUCCCAAUCCAGAAGACUCUGGAUUAUUCUCUGCGGAUAAUUCGAAGAAGGAAUCCGGAUCGAGUGAAUCCAGCGGAGAAUUUCUCCUCAGUGAAGAUGCAAACAACGUUGAUCGUUCUCCCGGGGCCGACGCAGAGAAAGAUGAUCUUCAAGGAUUGAAAAAUCAGGGCUCUAGUAGCUACACCCUCGGAAGUUCCCACGUCUGUGUGAAAUUGUGUACGUUGAUAAAAGCACAGUUAGUCUUGGCUCAUGCAGAAGUUUCAAAAAGGUUUGGUCUAGCGAGGAUAUCCCUUUCGGAUGCUGCGAAGAAUUCCUCGCCUGUGAAGAAACUGAAAAAGGAGGAGGAGGAGGAGGAGGAGGAGGAAGAGAAGCCUACUUUGAUUGAGGAACCGUCCGAAACUUCAAUCGAGAUUCCGCCGCCGGUUUAUGCUGAGGGCGAAGGUUUUAUGAUAGACGAUACAGCUCCUGAUAGUCACAAGUUUAAGCUCACGAUGUUCCAGCCCACAGAUCCUACCAAUUUCUUCCGAACUGUCUCGAAGGAACUGAAAUUGCUGAAAAGCUCACUUCCGUCUGGAAUUUGGUUGAAAGGUUUUGAAGAUAGGAUAGAUCUUUACUCUGUGAUGUUUAGAGGUCCUGAGAAAACUCCUUAUGAGGAUGGUCUCUUUCUUUUCGAUUUUCAACUUUCCGCAGAUUAUCCCGUAGCGCCGCCAUUGUGCCAUUAUAUUUCCUACUGCAGUGAUCGGCUGAAUCCGAAUCUUUACGAGGAUGGAAAAGUGUGCGUUAGUUUAUUGGGAACCUGGGCUGGCCGCGGAACGGAAGUCUGGACGAGUUCGUCAACUCUUUUGCAGGUGAUCGUUUCGAUACAGGGUCUAAUUCUUGUGCCAGAGCCUUAUUUCAACGAAGCAGGCUUCGAGAAGCAAAAGGGCUCUCAGCAGGGUAGAGAGAAUUCCAGAAUGUACAACGAGAUGGUUGUGCUGAAGCUGGUGCAAGCACAGACGAAGCUUCUGCAGUAUCCUCCGCCCAUAUUUAAGGAUAUUAUUAUCGAGCAUUUUAAAAGACACGCUGAAAAACUUGUGCAAAGGUUGGAUCGUUGGAUGGAGAUCUCAGAACAGCACAAUAAUCAGCAUCCUCUCUCUCCGGUUACGCCAACGACGUUCAAAGAAAUCUCUCUAGUCGAUGAAAAAAUUCUACCUGAAUUCCCUCUCAUACCGGCCUCCAGGGGCUUUUGCAUCACUUUACGGAAAACCCUGGAAACCUUCAAGCGUGUUCUCUUAAAAGAAAGAAUAGUACAAUUACCAUGCGUUCCCGAAAUCGAAGACAUCCCUGUCUUUGCGGAAGAGACCCAAAGCUCAUCACAAGCCCAGUCAACAAAAGUCGAUACCGACAAUAGAAAAAAUGAUAUCGUAGAUACUGGUUCACACUCGACGUCGAAUGGAGAACCUCCAAAAAUCCCGGACUCUCUUUCCUCGACGACAUGUAGUCCAACCUCGGUUACAAACGAGACGAAAAAAGACACAUCGGAGCUAAAUGCUAGCUAGCCUCAAGGUAAUUUUUUGCUCCUAGCAUACCAAAAUUGCGUCACUAUUCGGUAAUAUUUUUAAUUAAUUUAUUCUAAUAAUGCAAGUCGAUCCUUUUUCGCAAUUAUGUAUUUAUUGACAUCACGUAAAAUAACGUUGUCGAACAAUAACUCGUUACCAGAUACUGAGAUAAAAAGAUUAUGCUAUAAAAAGGAAAAGAGUAAACGCCUUAUAAAAUUGGAAAACAUUUUAUCAGCUUUCUGGUAUAAGUAGUUUCAAAUCCAAAGUUAAUUAUUUUGUAGCCUAGAGAUAAAUUUGUGCGAAGCCGAAGACAACAUGCAUUUAGUUCCUCAGACCUUCAUUUUGUAUUCCUUGAAAAGCAACAGAAAAAAAGAGUCAGGUGUGAACAAUAUUUUUAGAAUCACUUCACAAAUUUGCAAUAGCAACGAGAGAUAAGAUAAAUUAUAAAUAAUAAUAGAGAUUAACUAUAAAAGCAUUUCAGAAAAAUUAAUAAACCUAUGUCUCGAGAUCUGGAGUCAUGUGCUAUUUCGAUUACACUGAACUCGUUAUGCCAUCCAUUAUUACGAUAUUGUCGAGAAAGAAGAAAACUAUUCAAGUGUCUUUAGAAGUAAUAGGGCGUAGACUAGAAAGAUUCGAAUAUAGAUUGACCUAUCGACAAAGAGUCUAAUGUUAUUAAUUACUCGUAGAUAGUUAGAUAAUAACAGUGAUAUUGACUAGAAGGCUGUAUAGUUCACAAGGAAAUUCUCUUUAUUUAUUAAAAAAUAUCCUAGUUCUUUCUUUCAAGUUUAAUAUAUUCGUUUUCCAGUACUUAAUACGUUCAAAUCAUUUGAGUUGCUCGUAUGUACAAUAUUCAGUAUUACUUGUGUCAUAUAUAAAUACUUGGAUACCUUCAUGUUAAAAGAACCUCUCUCGGAAUGGUCGUCUAGACGUACACUCCGAGAGAGGUUCAUUUCACAUUGAGGAUGAAGGUAUCGGACUUUUGUUAAGGAAUUUUGGCUAUGAGCCCCUUUUUUAUUUCUUCCAUUUUUAUUCUCUUAAACCAAUUGUGAUCCCUUUCUACUAUUUCGAUUCUUCUUCAAUCAGAAAGUGUAAAGAAGGUUAAAGAAGCUUCUUGGUAUCCUGGCAUUCUCUCAAAGGCGACUCUCUUGAAAUUGAAGUAUGCAGAGGCAUUGACAAAUUUUCUAACAGUAUUUUCUAUUCAUUGUCGUACCUCUGCAGUGGUACUUGUUCCUACGAUUUAAAGAGAUCAUCAAUUAUUAGCAUCGAAUUAAAUGAAUAAUUUCAGGGUAUUGUCGAUUAUUGUCUUGCGAUGAUAUUCUCUUCGGAAUUCAUUCUUUACAAAAAUGUAAAUCUAUUCUGAUCUUUUUUUAUUCAAAAUGAUUUUCAUUGAUUGUGAUUUGAAAAAUACUUUCCUCUUGGUUUAGGAAUUUAGCUGAGUUGACCAGAAGUGAAAAAACUAUUGUUAUACCUUUUAAAAUAAAAAUACUUAGUAGUCAAGUAAUAUUUCGUAAUUUUGUAUCAAAGUUUUAGAAGGUCGAACAAUUUUUUUUCUCGUUGAAUGCGUGAAAUUUUUGAUUUGAAAUACAUCACUUUUAUUUAUAAUGGUGAUACAUUGUUAAAUCUUAAACACUUUUGAUGUCUAGAAAUUAAAGCUUGUCUCAAAAUAUGAAUUUCGAAGCGUAUUUCACGAGAAAUCUUGAUCUAAAAUUGGACCCACGAUUAGUAUUGUGAUUUCGGUAUACAAAGGACGAGAAUGGAGGGAAUAAUUCUCUUUCUAAAGGCCAAUCGCUCGCAAAUGGUGCUGAUUAUUUAACAAAUUAAAGAGGCUAAGGUGGUAAAGUUACAUCCAGGAUUGUAACUAACGAAAGUGUGUAGAUGUAAAAAAAAAGAAAUAUGGUUCGUAGGACAAAGUGAAUUAAAGCUACGAUUCGUAUUGAAUAAAGUGUGUGUAAUAUAAUAUAAGAAUGGUUUGUAACGCGAAUGAAAGCACGAGGUUGAGUUGUCGAUGAAAGAACGAAGUUUUGGAAUGCCCUGUAUGUACAAUGCGCAAGAUAUUUAUAUUUAAAAUAUUAGUACAUUUCUAUAAGUCACAUAAACUUUUAAGUUCGUUGUAAUGUUGAUCGGUGAUGUGCUUGAGAGCUAGACAAAUUAAUUGUAAACACCAGUCGGUGUGCUCCGAUUUCAACGAUCAUUCUCUAUUUUCUUUUAAUUACAUUUAGCCGAUCGUUGCCUCGUUCAAUGGUCGUGCAAAUGUUUCUUGGCUGUAAUCUCGUUUUCAUCUGUUUUUGAGUCAAUAAAGUCACUGAAUUAGUUAUGUGGACGAACGAGA